GUGGAUGUUGCAAUUUUGCGGACCUUAUAGACCUAACUGACCAUUAACAACGCUAAAGAGGAAAAGAGGAUAAUAAAAUUAAAUUAAAUGGAUAUCGAAAGCUUAGAUAAGGGCACCAAGGACGCGUAAAUUAUUGGCACUGUGCGUAAAUGGGUAGAUGUGUUUGGAUGUUAUAUACUCGGCAUAAAAUAGGGAUUUUUUUUUAACUUAGAAGUGAUAUAUAGAAGCAGUAUAAUGAACUGGAACUAACAUCUACAAUUACAACAGAGGUAAGCUACAGUGCCGCUCCCUGCAUCAGCACCGGAUGGCUCCCAGACCUCGCGCGCGGACACGCUGUUGGAUCGCUGAAACAACAUGCACAUUACUCUCUCUCGGGGCUAACGUGUGGAUAGUGAUCGAUUAAUGGAAGAGGCAGUGAAGUUUUUCAGUCAGAGUAUCGUGAUCGUCACUCCCCACCCACAGAUGUAAACGCAGAAUACCAACAGUAGUGUUGAAGUUGUACUGACAUGCCUCCCGGAUGCGAAGAUGACAGAUUUCGCUCACAAUUCACGAUUUCAAGCUAACGUUUUGACAGCGUACAGAUUCACCUCCAUGCUCUCCAGUGAAGUUGGACUUCUUACCAGCAGAGUACAAAAUGGGACAAAACCACCUGUUCUCUGUGGGGACGGCUUUUCUCUGCUCGCUACUGUUGUGUGAGUCAGUUCUUUGUUUCGAGAAGACACACUCUCACGCUGAGGAUGAGCUCUUCAAGACGCUGUUCGCUGGCUACAACAAGUGGUCGAGACCCGUGCCCAACAUCUCCGAUGUGGUCAUCGUCAAGUUCGGGCUGUCCAUAGCACAGCUCAUUGAUGUGGAUGAGAAGAACCAAAUGAUGACAACCAACGUGUGGCUUAAACAGGAGUGGAAUGACUACAAACUUCGCUGGAAACCGUCCGACUACGACAAUGUGACAUCCAUCAGAGUGCCGUCAGAGCUCAUAUGGGUGCCAGAUAUUGUCCUCUACAACAACGCUGAUGGCGAGUUUGCUGUGACCCACAUGACCAAAGCUCACCUAUUCCACAACGGUAAAGUCCGCUGGGUGCCUCCGGCCAUCUACAAAAGCUCCUGCAGCAUCGACGUCACCUUCUUCCCCUUCGACCAACAGAACUGCAAAAUGAAAUUUGGCUCGUGGACCUACGACAAGGCCAAGAUCGACCUGGAGAAAACCGAAAACGCAGUGGACCUCAACAACUACUGGGAGAGCGGCGAGUGGGCCAUCAUCAAUGCCGUUGGGACGUACAACACCAAGAAAUACGACUGCUGCCACGAAAUCUACCCAGACAUCACCUACUUCUUCAUCAUACGAAGGCUCCCCCUGUUUUACACCAUCAACCUCAUCAUCCCCUGCCUGCUCAUCUCCUGCCUUACUGUUCUGGUUUUCUAUCUCCCCUCUGACUGCGGGGAGAAGAUCACCCUGUGCAUCUCCGUGCUGCUGUCCCUCACUGUUUUCCUUCUCCUCAUCACCGAGAUCAUUCCCUCCACCUCCCUCGUCAUCCCGCUCAUCGGGGAGUACCUCCUUUUCACCAUGAUCUUCGUCACCCUCUCCAUCGUCAUCACUGUGUUCGUGCUCAACGUGCACCAUCGCUCUCCGAGCACUCACAAGAUGCCCCGCUGGGUCCACUCUGUGUUCUUGGACCUGAUUCCACGCUGGCUUUUCAUGCGGCGGCCUGCACCAGAUGGCCGGCGUCGCAGGCUGUUGCUGCUGCAGCAGGAAGCGGCCGCCGAUCGGAGGCAGGCCAGAAUGGCCGGGUACAAACCUGGCAACUGCCUCAGCACCUCGGCCAACUGGUUAAGGGACGGGACAACCUUAGAGGACCCUGAGAGAAGCUCUUAUGAGGACUUAGAGCUGGGGACCCUAACGUCAUAUUUCUCCUUCCGCCCUCCUUCGCCCAGGCCUCCGGGGUCGACUCCCCCGACACAACAGAAAAACCAACAGAACAGCCAGAACCAGCAGGAGGGGGCCACUGGGGCAAACAGACAUUUAACAGGGGCCAGACUCAAUCCCAUUCAGAGGGCAAUUAAAGCAGAUAACACAGACUCAACAUUCCUGCUCUCACCGAGUGUUAUACGCGCUCUGGAAGGGGUGCACUACAUUGCAGACCACCUGAGGGCUGAGGAUGCUGACUUCAGUGUGAAAGAGGAUUGGAAGUAUGUCGCCAUGGUGAUUGACCGCAUCUUCCUGUGGAUGUUCAUUAUUGUGUGCUUGCUUGGGACCAUCGGCCUCUUCCUACCCCCUUGGCUAGCUGGCAUGAUCUAGCUCCUGUUACAAUGUCUGAAAAACCCAUAUCCGCCCCUAGUUAGUGAAUUCGACAUUGAAAAUGUAGCUGAACUCCACUUCACGUAUAUACUGCGUUAAAGGCCUCAUGAGACUAUAACGCUCUUUAUGCAGCACCAAAGCAAAAGUGGGGAAAAACUGAACGGUAAAAUCUUCUGUACAGCAGCCACUUAAGGACAUCUCAGACUCAGCCCGUCACUUGGUUUGACUUUUGUCCCUAUAAGCUGCACUUUGCCUCAGGUGUAAUGGUACUUAGGUUUCUAAUGCUAACAUUAGCAUGUUAACAGGCCCAGAGUUGGCAAUUGGUGUGCUCAUGGUUAGCACAACCUGAGAUUUGGCAUGUUAGCAUACCAUAGCAAUAUGCUAACGUGCCACUGUUUAGUACAAUGUAUCUUUUAGCAUGUAAGUUAGGUGUGACUUGCUUGUAAAUGAGGUGCCACCAGCAUCAGUGUUGGGUAAGAUGUAACUGUUGUUUGUGGAAUGACACGUUUAAAUUGACUUUGUAAUGAUUUUCUAGGCUCAAUUCUUUAAAUAGUUAGGACCCAACCGAGAAACAGACCAUGGUGAAUUAUUGUUUCAACAGUUUUUACAAUGAGAUGUCUUUCAAUCAAAGUAAUGCCUUAAUUUCCCUCAAAAUCACAAACUUUAAAGUGUAACUUACAGCUAUUGUUAAUUUACUAGUAAAAUAGUGUGAUUACUUUUUCAAUUUUCAACAAGAAAUGUCUUUGACAAGUAACUCACCCGUAUACACACAAACAGAUGAUUCUAGCAGGAAUGACUAAAUUCAGAGGUCUAUAGUCGCACCCUGAAGGUGAGACCUGUUGCUCAUAGGAUUGCUCUUCCGGGUUUCAUCAAUUAACCUUAUUACGUGGUCAUCCAUGUUGUCAGUCAUUCAAAUGUUGGAUAACAUAGAUGUAUAAACAGCUGUUGACCCUCAUUGGCAUGCUUUACUUGGAAUCCAGAAUAUACUGGACACACUAACGUGUAAUUUGUCCUGGUUUGGAAAGAAUUCCCCUUUUUUCCAUAGGUUUUU